AUGCAUCGUAUUAUAAAACGUGGUUUAGUAGUUAGGAGCUCAUUUAAUAGUUUCCAAAAAACCUUUCCUGGUGGAAAGUUAUGGAAAAAUAGUAUACGUUGUGUUGCACAAAGUUCAAAAUCAGAGAGUUUGUUUCCUGAGCGCACAGACUUUCCAAGUAAACAUAUAGGUCCUCGAGAUGAAGAUUUAGUGACUAUGUUAGAUUUUCUUGGUUACAAGAACUUAGAUCAACUAACUAAUGAUGCAGUACCGAAGCAAAUUCAAUACCCUGGACUUAUGGAUAUCAGCGAACCUAUUAGUGAAUAUGAGCUCAUUGAACGAGUUCGUAAGAUAUCUGAAAAAAAUCAGAUAUGGCGAUCGUAUAUUGGAAUGGGUUACCACAAUUGCUGCGUGCCGCAUACCAUCAUGCGUAAUAUGUUCGAAAAUCCUGGAUGGACAACCCAAUACACGCCAUACCAACCUGAAGUAGCGCAAGGAAGACUUGAAAGUCUUCUAAAUUAUCAGACAAUGGUCAGUGAUCUAACAGGAUUAGACGUAGCCAAUGCAUCACUAUUGGAUGAAGGCACUGCUGCAGCUGAAGGUUUAUCGCUUUGCCAUAGGCACAAUAAAAGAAAAAAAUUCGUUGUAUCGGAAAGAAUACAUCCUCAAACAUUGGCGGUAGUUCAAACACGACUUGAUGCUUUGGGUUUGGAAGUAGAUGUCGUACCCGAUGUGCGUCAAGUAGACUUUGCUCAGAGAGACAUAUCCGCUGUUUUACUACAAUGUCCUGAUACCAGAGGCUUAGUUUAUGACUACUCAGGCUUAGCAGCAGAAGCACACGAACACGGUACUUUAGUAGUUGUUGCAACUGAUUUACUGGCUCUUGCUUUGUUGCGGCCACCAGCAGAAUGUGGAGCUGCAUUAGCGGUAGGAACAUCACAACGGUUGGGCGUACCUCUAGAUUACGGAGGCCCUCACGCUGGCUUUUUCGCAGCCAAACAUGCUCUCGUGCGUUUGAUGCCGGGCCGCAUGGUAGGGGUUACCAGGGAUGCAGCUGGAAGAGAUGCUUAUAGAUUAGCUCUUCAGACUCGUGAGCAGCAUAUACGAAGAGACAAAGCGACAUCUAACAUUUGCACAGCUCAAGCAUUGUUGGCUAAUAUGUCUGCUAUGUAUGCUGUAUACCAUGGUCCUCAAGGUCUUCGCGAUAUUGCAACUCGUGUGCAUAAUGCUGCGCUGGUUCUAGAUCAUGGAAUAAAACAGCGUGGUCAUAAGCAAUCUAAUGAUGUAUACUUUGACACCCUUCACAUAGUUCCUCUAUCAGAACAUGAUACCGAUGCGAUUAAAGACCGAGCGCAUCAAAAGAAGAUAAAUUUACGAUACUUUGAUGACGGAGCUGUUGGUGUGGCUUUAGAUGAAACCAUUACUCGCGAGGACGUUGAUGAUCUCUUAUGGAUAUUUGAUUGUAAACCGGUUCAAGAGGUAACAAAAGAAGGUGACAUCAGAGCUAAUAGCUUGCAUAAAGGGUCCUUUAGAAGAACGUCUCCUUAUUUAAAUCAUCCUGUGUUUAAUAUGCAUCACUCUGAAACUAGUAUAGUUCGGUACAUGAAAAGAUUGGAGAACAAAGACGUCUCUCUCGUGCAUUCUAUGAUUCCAUUAGGCUCCUGCACAAUGAAAUUGAACUCGACAACGGAAAUGAUGCCGUGUUCGUUCAAACAUUUCACAGACAUCCAUCCCUUUGCACCUCUCGACCAAUGCCAAGGGUAUCACAUACUAUUCGAGGAACUCGCCCGCGAUCUGUGCGCCGUCACAGGAUACGAUCGUGUCUCGUUCCAGCCCAACAGUGGAGCUCAAGGUGAAUACGCCGGAUUGCGAACGAUAAAGCGUUACCAUGAAUUCCGUGGUGAUACAGGGCGUAACAUUUGUUUGAUUCCGGUCAGCGCACACGGCACGAAUCCCGCAUCUGCUCAUAUGGCUGGUAUGCGUGUCUGCGCUAUCCGCGUUACACCUUCUGGCGAUAUUGACAUGGUACAUUUGAAGGAAAAGGUUGAGGAGCACAGUGCCAACAUUUCUUGCCUGAUGUUAACUUACCCUAGUACGUUCGGUGUAUUCGAAGAACGUGCUGCAGACAUAUGUGCUUUGGUACAUAAACAUGGUGGACAAGUGUAUCUUGAUGGUGCUAAUAUGAAUGCUCAGGUGGGUCUUUGUCGACCUGGCGACUAUGGCAGCGAUGUGUCACAUUUGAACUUGCACAAAACAUUUUGUAUUCCUCACGGUGGUGGAGGACCUGGUAUGGGACCUAUUGGAGUGAAAGCACAUUUGGCUCCAUUCUUGCCGUCACAUCCCGUAGUAGAUCCACUCGCAGACCUGGGCGAGGAAGCUCACAGCUUUGGUUCAGUUAGCGCAGCACCUUACGGAUCUUCUGCAAUUCUUCCUAUAUCAUGGGCUUAUAUUAAAAUGAUGGGUCCUAAGGGGCUGAGGCGUGCGACUCAGGUAGCGAUUCUCAACGCUAAUUACAUGUCUAAGCGUUUAGAGGGGCAUUACAAAACAUUGUACAAAGGAGAGAGAGGACUGGUAGCUCACGAGUUUAUUAUAGACGUCAGAGAUUUGAAGAAAACUGCGAACAUUGAACCUGGAGACAUUGCUAAGAGACUUAUGGAUUUCGGUUUUCACGCACCUACUAUGUCGUGGCCUGUCGGUGGGACUUUAAUGAUAGAGCCCACGGAGUCUGAAGACUUGCAAGAGAUGAACCGAUAUUGUGAAGCCCUAAUCACAAUCAGAAAGGAAAUUAAAGAUAUUGAAGAUGGACAUAUUGACAAGAGGCUUAAUCCAUUAAAGAUGGCACCGCACACUCAGGCGGAGGUAAUAUCUGAUGAGUGGAAUAGACCGUACAGUCGGGAGCAGGCAGCGUUUCCAGCUCCGUUUGUUAAGGGAGAGACGAAGAUCUGGCCGACAGUUAGCCGUAUAGACGAUAUGUACGGUGACAAACAUCUUGUAUGCACAUGUCCACCGGUGCUCGAUGAUUUCUAG